AUGUCUUCCUCACCGGAAAUGCAGCACCAUCAGCAACAGGAAGGUGGUGCGCCAUUAUCGGUUGAUUUGAAAUCGGCCAAUGCCGACGGAACGCCAUCGCCGGAGCUUGCCACCAUGACGAACGUGAGCGUGUUGGAUCUGCAUAAGGAUUACAAUGGAGGCGGUGGUGGUGGUGGUGACGGUGGUGCUGACGGAGGUGGUGGUGGGGCUGGAGGUGUCGGUGUCACCUCGCCGCAUAUCGUGCACGACGGUGCGACCGACAUGAGUCUCCCGGACGACGGUACGACGGAGAAGGUGUACGACAAGGAAACGAACACCGUGUACGUCUACACAACCGCGGCCGGUGCCGGCGGUGGCCAUAAGCUGACGACGAACGCACACCAGCAUCAGCUGACCACGAUCGUGCAUGGUCAACAGCAGCAACAGCAGCAAAUGGGAUCGCCCGAUCAGUUGCAUUCGUCCGAUCAUCACGUGGUCAACGAACAGAAUUUGCUGCACGCCCGGCUGAUCCAGCAGCAGCAGCAGUCUGUGGAGGAGCAGCAGCACUUGCAGCGCAUGUCACCGGUCGAUCAGCAUCAGCAGCACCAUCAGCAUCAGCAGGUGCAUCCCUCGGAGGGCGGCAUCAUCGAUGGGCAUCGUAUGAUUCCGGCCACGCUUGAGAACCAGCACCAUCUUGAGCGUCUGUCGCCGGAAGCUCACCAGCACGAGGGGGUGAGGCUGCUCGAGGAUAGCCACAUCCAGCGGCUGCUGGGCAACCAGGAGAUCAUCAGCCGGGACAUCAUCAACGACGAGCACCACAUCAUCACACGGAACGAGCACGGCGAGACGAUCCUGACGCGCAUUGCCAUCUCGACCGCCGAGCAACUGCUGAGUCGCAUGGACAACAACAUCAUCUACACCACGACCACGUCGGGCGGUGCCGGUUCCGCUGCCGGCCCCGCUGGUGGCCACCCCCAGGAGCAGCAGCUGCCCACGACGGUGAUGCAGUACGAGAAGGAGACCGAAGAGAAGCACCAGCCGGCGAAUCAGCAGCAUGCCCACAACCACCACCAGCACCACCAGCAGCUGUCCCCGCACCAGCCGCAGACCAUCUACACCACGGCCGGGCCGGUCAGCCAAGCCUCGCCCCAGGUGAAGCCGAUCGUGUACACCAUCGGCGGUGGUGAGCCGAAGAACGUCAUCUACGGCGAUCCGAAGGCGGCCAUGCCACACUUUGAUGCCGCCGGGGGCGGUGGUAGCGGUGGUGGCGGCGGCGGCGGUGGCGGUGGCCCCGGCUCGGUCGACGUCGAGAAGCCCCAGAUCGACUACGUGUACAACGAGGGCAACAAGACGGUCAUCUACACCGACCAGAAGGGGCUGGAGAGUCUGUACGCGAACAACGAGCUCGGGCUGAUGGACGGCACGCAGAUCGUGGUCCAGGGGAACCUGCAGUACACGCAGCAGCAGGGACCGGACGGGACGACGGUGUACGUCGUCUCCUCCGACAUGAAUCCAGACGAUAUGACCGGCCUCCAAGCAAGCGCGAACACGGUAGGCAAGCUGAACGGGCAGACCACGCCCAUCGACGUCUCCAACCUAUCGCACGCCGACUUGCAGAACUUGCUCCAAUCGUCGCAGGCGGUCAACGUGAAGCGCGAGCCGGAAGAUCUGCGCAAGGAGCCGAAGAAUCCCCGCAGCCAGAAGGUUUCCGUCGCACCGUCCACGUCGCCGUCGCUUCACAUUAAAGAACCUCCACCCAGCCCUGGAAGUCCGCCAACGGAAACCAUGUAUGCUGCCCCCGGCAGCACGCAGAUCUACCUGCAGGGUCCUUCCCACCAGAACAGUGCAGCAGCGACCGGCAGCUCCAAUGUGAACGCAAACUCGCCCAGCCCAGGGUCCUACCCGCAGUAUGACAUGUAUCCCCCGAACAGACUUGGCCAGGGUGGCUCGACGUUCAUCACCGAGCCGUACCCGUACCGCGAGUACUUCGAGAAUCAGACCUACGCCCCGCCCCGGAAUAUGUACGUCACGGCGGCCGACUCCGAGGGUCCACCGCCGGCCACCACCUACGAGGGUCGCUUCAACAAGACCAACUACAAGACGAUCACCUCGGCUGGCCUCACGGUGGAUCUGCCCAGCCCGGACUCGGGCAUCGGUGCCGACGCCAUCACGCCCCGCGAUCAGAACAACGUCCAGCAGCAGUUCGACUACGCCGAGCCGUGCCAGGCCCCGAUCGGUAUGCUCGAUCCGAACGCUUCCGGCCACAUACCGGCCUCGGUGGCCAGCCUGCAGCGCAACCUGGUUGUGAACGGGAGCCAGCAGAGCCCGACCACCUCGCUCGGGGGCACGACGGCGGUGGCGGUUGCCGGUGCGGCCGCCGCUCCCCGGUCCCGCCCCUGGCACGAUUUCGGCCGACAGAACGAUGCUGACAAAGUUCAGAUACCAAAAAUAUAUUCCGACGUCGGCUUCAAGUACUAUCUGGAAAGCCCGAUCAGCUCGUCCCAGCGCCGGGAGGACGAUCGGAUAACGUACAUCAACAAGGGCCAGUUCUACGGCAUCACCCUGGAGUACGUGCACGAUCCGGACAAGCCGCUCAAGAAUCAAACCGUCAAGAGCGUCAUUAUGCUGCUGUUCCGCGAGGAGAAAAGCCCGGAGGAUGAAAUUAAGGCCUGGCAGUUCUGGCACAGUCGGCAGCACUCGGUGAAGCAGAGAAUACUAGACGCCGAUACGAAAAACUCUGUCGGUUUGGCCGGCUGCAUCGAGGAGGUAUCGCACAACGCGAUCGCUGUCUACUGGAAUCCGCUGGAGAGUUCCGCCAAGAUCAAUGUCGCCGUGCAGUGCCUGAGUACCGAUUUCAGCAGUCAAAAGGGUGUGAAGGGCUUACCGCUGCAUCUACAGAUCGACACAUUCGAGGAUCCGCGGGACACGAGCGUUUUCCAUCGGGGAUACUGUCAAAUUAAAGUAUUUUGUGAUAAGGGUGCCGAACGUAAAACACGCGACGAGGAGCGGCGGGCGGCGAAGCGCAAGAUGACCGCCACCGGGCGGAAAAAGCUGGACGAACUCUACCAUCCGGUCGUCGAGCGGUCCGAGUUCUACGGCAUGAGCGACAUGAUUAAGCCGGCGGUCCUAUUCUCCCCCUCGGAGGACAUCGAUAAGCUCACCUCGAUGGAUAUGCAGUUCUACGGUCACGAUGCGGACUCCCUGUCCGGCACAUCGGACAACGUCAAGUCGCCGUUCCUGCUGCACGCGAACAAACCGGCCACACCGGCGCUGAAGUUCCACAACCACUUCCCGCCGGACGUUCCGACUGACAAGAAGGACCCGAGCAUCAUCAUGGACGCGUCGCUGGUGGCCAACUCGAUGGUCGACUUUUCACCCCAGAUCAAGCGUCAGCGAAUGACACCGCCGCUGAGCGAGCGGGUCAUGCUGUACGUGCGCCAGGAGAGCGAGGACGUCUACACGCCCCUGCACGUCAUCCCGCCGAGCACGGUUGGGCUGCUGAAUGCGAUUGAAAAUAAAUUCAAAAUUUCCUCGUCGAGAAUUAACACAAUUUAUCGCAAAAAUAAGAAAGGGAUUACGGCGAGAAUUGAUGACGAUAUGAUCAGACACUAUUGCAACGAGGACAUUUUCAUCCUGGAGCUGCAACGGUACGAGGAGGACCUAUUCGACAUCAUGCUGACGGAGCUGCCCACGCACUAG